AUGUCAAAUCUGCCUAUUAUAAAUUUCAUCAAUUUCAACCAGAAUGGUUCGUGCAUAUCAAUGGGCACAUCCCAGGGGUUUAAAAUCUUCAAUUGCGAACCGUUUGGCAGGUUUUAUCAAGACGAAGAAGGGGGAUGCGGGAUAGUAGAGAUGUUAUUUUCCACUUCGCUUUUAGCAGUGGUUGGAAUGGGAGACAAUCCAGCGAUGUCUCCAAGAAGAUUACGUAUGUUGAACACGAAGCGUCAUUCUGUGAUAUGUGAGGUAACGUUUCCAACAACUAUAUUGUCAGUGAAAAUGAACAAAUCUCGCCUCGCAGUGCUUCUUCAGGAGCAAAUCUACAUCUAUGAUAUCAGUAACAUGAGACUUCUUCACACCAUCGAAACAUCAAUGAAUGCUCAGGGAAUUAUGUCGAUGUCACCAAAUUCCGAGAAUAAUUACCUUGUGUAUCCAUCUCCACCAAAAGUGAUUAAUUCAGAGAUCAAAGACCAUGCAACAACGAAUAACAUCAACAUCAAAAAAACUGACGCUGUAGAUGAUACUAUAAAAAAAGAUUACUCACUACAAGUUCCAUCUGACAUCACAGGGCAACAGCAACAACAGCAACCCGGUGUGGACCCGGCGACCUCUAAUAAUACUGCAAAUAAAAUAAUCAAGAAUGGAGAUGUCAUUGUGUUCAACUUACAAACGUUACAGCCUACUAUGGUAAUAGAGGCUCACAAGGGAGAGAUAGCGGCCCUAAAAUUGAGCGCAGAUGGAACGUUACUGGCUACUGCAUCAGAAAAGGGAACAAUCAUCCGUGUCUUCAACGUCGAAAAUGGUAGCAAAGUGUAUCAAUUCCGUAGAGGAACGUAUCCAACUAAAAUAUCAUCCUUGUCGUUUAGCAAGGACAAUCAAUUCCUUGCUGUGUGCUCUUCCAGUAAGACUGUGCAUAUUUUCAAAUUAGGCAAAAACACAGUGGAUAACAAGUCGAAUGAGUUAAACAGUGACGACGAAAUAGAAGACGACUUGGUACCGCGCUAUGGCGAUGAGGACGAAGAAGACGAAGAAAUUGAUGAAGAGGCUACAAGUAUAAACUCAAACCAUAGUAGCAAGGAACCCGUAGUCGACGCCAAGAGAAGUACUGUCGGUCGCAUGAUAAGAAAAUCUUCACAACGACUUUCUCGUAAAGCUGCCAGAACUUUAGGAGCGUAUUUUCCAAUAAAAGUAUCCUCAAUACUUGAACCCUCGCGUCACUUUGCCAGCCUAAAAAUAACCACUUCAUCGAAUCAACCAAUAAAGGCCAUAGCUGCCAUCGAUGAUCCGAUUGAGUUGAGCAUCAAAGAGUAUCCCGAUUUAUUCGAGAAAAAUGCAUCAAACAAUGGCGACUACCAAAAUUCAGAUACAUUGACAAUGGUACCGAUUAGGGUCGUGUCAAGCGAGGGUUUUAUGUACAAAUACAUUUCGGACCCUGAGAGAGGAGGAGAUUGUAUUCUACUGGAACAAUACUCAUUACUAUCGGACUGA